GCUUCUCAAAGUAUUAUGUGCUUAAGAAAACAGGGAUGGUGUCUGGUCCUGGAACUGCUACUGCUGCCUUUGGGAACUGGAUUUCAAGGGCUCUUUGUAACUAUUGUGACCACCGUGGAUGGAUUCAGCGCACAGGACAAUAUUAGAACCAUUGACAUUGGAGCUGAUCCUGUGCCCAAGCCUUCCAUAGAAAUCGAGAAGAGAGAAGAGUCGACUGAUUCCUGUCACCUGAGACUAUCGUGUGAGGUAGAGGACCAGCAUGUUGACUAUACUUGGUAUGAGAGCUCGGGACCUUUCCCCAAAAAGAGUCCAGGGUAUGUGCUCGAGCUCACCGUCACGCCACAGAACAAGUCUACAUUUUACACCUGCCAAGUCAGCAAUCCUGUAAGCAGCAAGAACGACACAGUGUACUUCGAACCACCUUGUAAGCUGGCCAGAUCUUCUGGAGUACAUUGGAUUGCAACUUGGCUAGUGGUCACGACACUCAUCAUUCACAGGAUCCUGCUAACCUGAAAAGAACUCUUCUCACUCAAGAAGACAACUUCAAAGCACAGAGUCUUGCCUUCAUCCCUAGCAGUAUUCAUAACCAGCAAAGCAGCUCUGGCUCUAUGGGACAAAGGAGAGUGUGUUACUGACAUCUUUGAGGGUUUGCAUGCAUGCUCUAUGGGACAAGCACAGGACCUUGUACAGUGCUCCACCACUGACCUGUGUGCCCAGCCCUUUACAAAGAUUUUAAAUCAACCUUUUAAAAACUGGAUAAUAUCUAAUUUUAUAUACCCUAGUUGUU